AUGCCUCAAGAGCACUCCACCACGUCGAGCUUCCAGUGAGUGAAACGUAUGAGCUCGGCAGUGUACGCCUCCGGCUCUGACACUGCCAUGCUUGGGCCUCGCCUCGUAGAGCUUCCUUCUCCACGCUCGUACCGGCAUACUUUGAACGCUACCCGAACCCGCUGGCAAACCACGUCAUAUGCGCGGAUGUCAUCGAUCGUCGACUUGUCCCUUUAGACGCCUCCUCCUCCUCCUCUCCCUCCUCCUCCUUCGCUUCGUCCACUCGCUAUGGCUUGCGCACUACGCGGCUCAUCCUCAAGAAGGGCACGCUUCCUGCCUGGGCACCCAAAGGCAUCCUACGAAACAGCGAGAGCUGGGUGUUGGAGGAGAGUCUGGUGGAGCUCGAUGCGGCUGGUCAGAAUGAGGGAAGGAGGAUGCACACUUGGACUAGGAACUUGGAUCACACCACCGUGCUGGCCGUUACUGAAGGGCUGACGCUAACUGAACGUAUCUCCUCGAGCAUCAAAUCCGGCGGAGAUGCGGAUGUGAAGGGGAAACAGCCUCUUAGAGGCGAUCAAGCAUCCACAGGAAUUGGGUGAGUCGCCCAAUCAGAAGCUCCUAGUCCGCGAGAGGGGAGGGGAAUGAUUAGACAACGCAAGGAUAUGCACCAGAAGCAGGUGGUGUGCUCACCAUCUCAGCUACCGCCCUUCUUCAGCUCCGUGUCAGAGAGCACAGUCGCUUGCCUCUCGCGCGGGCACAUCACUUCCAGCGUAUCGCCCGCGUUCCUAGCGAGGCGAAUAGAAAAAUUUGGUCUGAAGCGUUUCGUCGCGCACGCAGAGACGGCGAGUGGAAUCAUACAAGCUGCGCAUCGAUAACAAAACCGCCCAUUGCUGACGGUCUCGUGCUCAUCUUCCAUCCGAUCAGAGUCAUGACGGCUUGCUCCUGGUGCAUGCGGCUCUUCUCCGAGCCGCAUCAGGCGAGCCACCUUCAUCUCACUCAACCACCAUGACGAAACGAGGCAAGCUUGCGCAAGCUCUGAGACCGCCAUUUUUGGACGGCUAUCCACCCAGCUUGAUCGUGCGGGCUAGGAGGAAGUACGAGCAGGCAAGAGGAUGGUGGAAGGAUUUGAGGCGAGGCGGCACGAACGACGAGACGCUCAAGAGGGAAAGACCGGAUGGAGAGGAUGCUAGGAGAGGCGCAUUCAGGCCUGCUGAUUGGCUGAGGAGCAGAUUGGUGGGCCUUCGAGGAACGGAAGAGCGAGAUCGUGGAACUGUAACCUCGUGA